AUGAAUCAAGAAAGACAAUUGACAGCAGAUGAAAUUGCAUUGUAUGAUCGUCAAAUCAGACUAUGGGGUAUGAAAACACAAGCCCGUAUUCGAAGAACAAAAGUCUUGGUGAUUCGACUAGGAGCAGUGGGUACUGAAUGUGUCAAGAAUCUUGUUCUUGGUGGUAUAAAUUCCAUUGAGAUUCUUGAUGACUCAGUGGUUAGGGAUGUUGACUUUGCUUCUCAAUUCUUUUUACCAAACGAUGAUGCUAUAAUAGGGAAAUUAAAAUUACCAUUAGUCGAGGACAAGAUCAAGGAACUCAACCCGGCAGUCCACCUCACAAUCAAUACGUCACAGGUAGACCCAUUAUUGACCGAGGCUACUUAUCUCAAACAAUUUGACGUUAUUGUGGCAUCGGAACUUUCAAAAGAACAGAUAAUGAAAUUGAGCAAGACCACACGAGAGCUAAAUCUUCCACUAUAUGUUACUGGAAUGCAUGGCACUUAUGGAUACUUGUUUGUUGACUUGAUAGAACACAUUUCACAAAAGACGUUUGGUGAGAGUACAGUUUCUCGAAAGGCAAACACUGAAUUGACCAAAAGCAAAACCAUUGUUGAUGUUAAGCGCAAUCAAAAGGAGAAAACAGACCUUGUCACGAUAAAAGACGUUUAUCCUCCAAUACAUGAGAUUUUCACAUCCAAAAACAUCAACAAAGAUGUGAAAAAGAAGUUUAUGCAAAACUAUUGCGGUCCGUUGUUGGCAACUUUAGCGCUCCUUAACAUUCCUAAACCAACAAACCCAGAAGAUAUUAUAGACCUGGAAUUACUCAAAACAGAGGCAUUAAAAAUUUGUAACAAUUUGGAGAUACCCGAAAAAUGGCUUGAAGAAGAAGAGUAUAUACGAGAUUUCAGUCAACAAGCAUUCACAGAGUAUUCGCCAACGGCGGCGAUAUUGGGAGGAGCAGUUGCUCAGGAGGUUAUUCUUUAUCUUGGCAAGGAAGAGAGUCCUGUCAAUAAUGUAAUGACUUUGGAUACUUUAAGAGCUCGAAUGCCAAUUUAUCAAUCGUGA